CGUCCUGUCGCUGUGCUACAAGCUGGCUCCCUCCGCUCUGGGAGUGUUUCGCAUUUAAACAAACACGGUCCUGCCGAAGAUGGCGGAGAGUUUGUAGAGGCGUAAAAGAAACUGCUCUACUCAAUGAAAGCGUCGAAGCCGGAGAUGUUAAGACAUUGAAACGACACUAGACCCUGAAUGGAGCUUGACUGGGGCUUGUACUGGUCAAGAAAGACCCCCAGCAGCCCCCAGCUCUGCUGUUUGUCUGUUUCAGGAUGUGAGGCUGACUGAGGGCUGAUGUCAUCUUUCUCCACUACUGCAGAGGUGCUGAUGUGCGCUGAAGAUGAGUGGUGUAGGAGACAACUCGUUGGAGCCGCUGUGCUCCGACCGCAAACGUAAACUGUCUACCUGUGACACACCGGGCUUAGGGUGUGACAAGCGUCGGAGGGAACAGGAGAGCAAGUACAUAGAGGAGCUGGCUGAGCUCAUCUCUGCCAACCUCUCCAACAUUGACAGCUUCAACGUCAAGCCUGACAAAUGUGCCAUCCUUAAGGAGACCGUGAGACAGAUCAGACAAAUCAAAGAGCAAGGAAAGAGCUCUUGCAGUGAUGAUGAUGUCCAGAAGGCGGAUGUGUCCUCCACUGGUCAAGGGGUCAUUGACAAGGACCAUCUGGGGCCGCUGCUCCUACAGGCCUUGGAUGGCUUUCUGUUUGUGGUUAACCGAGAAGGCAGCAUUGUAUUUGUGUCAGACAACGUGACGCAGUACCUACAGUACAAGCAGGAGGAGCUCAUCAACACCAGUGUGUACAACAUCAUCCAUGAUGAGGACAGGGAGGAGUUUCACAAGAAUCUGCCCAAGUCCAAUGCACCGAAUGGGGCAUCGUGGGGUGGAGAGGCACCCCGGCAGAAAAGCCACACCUUCAACUGUCGUAUGCUGGUGAACUUUAUUCAUGGUCAGAGUCAUGGGUUGUCAGAAGAAAGGCCUGGGGGCCAACGCUAUGAGACCAUGCAGUGUUUUGCCCUCACUCAGCCCCGGGCCAUGAUGGAGGAGGGAGAAGAUUUACAGUCAUGUAUGAUCUGUGUGGCACGACGCAUCAUUGCAGUAGAGAGGACAGAGAGGUUUAGCACUCGCCAUGAACUGUCUGGUAAACUGAUUGAAAUUGAACAGCAGAGCUCUCUUCACACUACUAUGCGUCCAGGCUGGGAGGACCUGGUGAGGCGCUGCAUGCAGAUGUUCCUCAAUCGAAGUGAGGGACAACCGUGGUCCUACAAACGCCACUAUCAAGAUGCUUUCCAUAAUGGCCAUGCGGAGACACCUCUCUACCGCUUCUCGCUCUCUGAUGGCACCCCAGUCACAGCCCAGACCAGGAGUGACCUAUGCAGGAAUUCCAACACCAAUGAACCGCACUCUUUCCUCUCCACACACUUGCUACAAAGGGAGCAGAAUGGUUAUCGUGGAAACCAGGGUGGAUGUAUGCGGCCUCAAAACAUGGGUUUGAACAAUCCCAACCAACAGAUGAACAUGGGCCAAGGAGGGGGCAUGGGCAUGAACAGGGGCUACAGCAUGGCUGAACAGGGCAACAUGCCACAAAGAGGAGUGCCUCCGUAUGCUGGGGGCAAUCGCAUGAAUCCCAUGAACCAGAUGAAUCAAAUGAAUCCCAUGAAUCAGAUGAAUCCCAUUCAUCAGAUGAAUCAAAUGAAUUCUAUGCAUCAGAUGAACAGCAUGGGUCAAAUUAAUUCCAUGCAUCCAAUGAACUCCCCCAUGAACUUGAUGAACCAAAUGGGGCCCAUGAAUCAGAUGGGUCACCAUGGCAUGCAUCAGCAGCAGCAGCACCAACAUCAGCAGAUGGGUCAGUUCCAUGGAGGUGGAGGUGGACCUGGAGGUGGAGGCUACGUUAUGGGAAUGACCAGUCCCCCCCAGGCCAGUCCAGGGAUUAACGGCCCCCCACAUAACAUCAUGGGUUCACCCAGAGUCCGAGGAAGCCCCAAGAUGGGUGCCAGCCCCUUCUCUCCCGGAGGUAUGAACUCUCCCAUGAGCUCCAGUAACUCUGGAGGAGGAGGCACCACCUUCUCCAGCAGCUCCUUGAAUGCCCUCCAAGCCAUUAGUGAGGGAGUGGGCAAUCCAAUGCCCUCCCCGCUCACCUCUCCCCCCCCUCACAAGCCUGACAGCUCCCCGAGCAUCAAUUCCACCAACCAGGCAACAGGGGGACCCUGUAAACCAGGCCUUCCAGCCUACUCCGACUCCAAGAGCCCAGGCAGCUCACUCGGGGCUGGAGGAGAGCAGCAGCCUCAGCAGCACCCACACACCCCCACCAGCGAGGGCCCUCCUGACAAGCCAGACAGCCAGGCCUGCAGAGAGGCGGGUCUGGCCGUGGGAGAGUCCACCCGACGGGUCCCUGACAACAAGUGCCACAAGAAGCUUCUGCAGCUUCUCAUCUCCCCUUCAGAUGAGCUGGUACCACCUAAUCACACACCAAGCUCUGGGCCCAGCUCCACACCUGAGUCUAAAGACGGAACAGCCGGCGUCACCAGCCCCUCGUCCUCAACAGGAGUGUCCUCCUCUACGGGCGGGAAUCAUGGCGCUGUGUCCUCCUCUGGCGGCACAGGACAUUUAACAAGUCAGUCACUGCAGGAGAAGCACAAGAUCCUCCACAAGCUCCUUCAGAAUGGGAACACUCCCGACGAGGUGGCUCGCAUCACAGCUGAGGCCACUGGGAAGAGUAGCCUGGAUUCAGGGGCACCGGAGCCUGGGCCUGCAGCCACUGGAGGGGUUAGGGGAUCAGAAUCAAAGCAGGACCAGCACAGCCCUAAGAAGGAGAAGCCCCACGCCCUCCUUCACUACCUCCUCAAUAAGGACGACUCUAAAGAAGGUGGUGAUAUCAAGCCAAAGCUGGAGGAGCUGGAGGGAAGAGGAGCUCAGGGUGCAGGGGUCACCAGCUCUGACCCCCACUGCAUGGAUGGGAAGGUCAAGUUGGAGCCAUCUGAUGAGACGGAGACGCUGGAGACCAUUCUUGGUGUCCCAAGGAACAACUCUGGCUUCUACCCUGAACCAGACUCCAGAGCAGGGAAGGAAGUUGGAAACAAACAGGGAAAUAUGCCUGACAGUUUACAUGAUGGGGAGAGAGGCCCCAUGCCUCCAGUUCAGCGUGGUGUCUAUCAAAGAGCCUUGUCCAUGGAUACCAAGCACAUGGGUGGAGAGGGAGCUGUAGGAGGUGGGCUGGCUGGGAGAAGGAAUGUCCCCUGUCCCACAUUGGUCAAACAGGAGAACAUGGACGCUCCGAUCCGACCUGGUGCCGUUUCCAAUGGCUUUCCAGGAGGCAUGGGUGUGUGUCCACCACGGGGCAAUCCAACAAGAGGUAUGGGCAGAGGAAUGGGAAUGCCCCAGCGCCCUCCCAUGUCAGGGCCAGGGGACUGGGGGAUGCCGAGGUCCAGUGGCAGCCCAGUGGGCGGACCAGGACACCCUGGCAUGGGUCGCUCUGGUCCAAUGGGAGGACCCAUGAUCAACCGCUCCAACAGUGUACCCGGACACACCAGGUCUAUGCUGCAGCAGCAACUCAUGGAUAUGGGUACCAGUGAAGCCAAUAUGGGUAUGAGCCGGUUUGGUGGACACGGACCCCCACCUCAUUCCCCGUCCUGGACAGACUCUGCCAUGGGAAUGGACAGACCACAGAGUAACACAAAGAGGGACCAGUUUGGGCACCCUCUGGAUGAGCUGCUGGGGCCCCUGGCCAACAGCGAGGGCCCAAGUGAUGAACGGGCACUUCUUGACCAGCUGGACUCUUUGCUCAAUACCGCUGAUGUCAUUGCUCUGCAGGAGAUAGACCGAGCCUUAGGCAUUCCUGAAAUUGUAGGCCAGACCAAGGGACCUGAAGGCCACCAGCAGGGCCAGGAUCAAGGUCAGGGUCAGCGCCCACCAUCAGAGCCUUUCUCAGAUUCCAUGGACCAAAAACCCAUAUACAACCAAGGCUACCCAGGGCCCCCCUCCAUGGGCAUGCAGCCUGGUUAUGGUGGCAACACGAUGCAAGGCCAGUCUCCUGGAGGCUUCAACCCCAUGAUGAAUCAAAUGGGCCAGACAGGGGGCUUCCCUGGCAUGGCAGGCAUGGGCAACCCCCGAGCAAACAUGAUGCGACCUCGUAUGAUGACUGCCACCAAGCCUCUCCGACUGCAGCUGCAGCAGAGACUGCAAGGACAGCAGUUUAUGAACCAGACCCGGCAAGGCAUGAAGAUGGAACAUGCCCCCGGAGGAAACCCUGCCAUGCAUCCAGCCAUGCAACCAGGCAUGCAACCAGGCAUGCAACCUGGCAUGCAGCCUGGCAUGCAACCUGGCAUGCAGCCUGCAGGCAUGGGUAGUCAGCCUGGUUUCCUGAACGCCCAAAUGAUGGCUCAGCGCAGCAGGGAGAUGAUGACCAUGCAGAUGAGGAGGCAGCGGAUGAUGAUGCUGAUGCAGCAACAGCAGCAACAGCAGCAGCAGGGGCAGGGGGCAGCGAGAGGCUUCAGCCCUCCUCCAAAUGUCACUGCACCAGGAGGCAUGGACAGCCCCAUGGGAGGCCCCUCCAUGAACCAGCCUGGACAGCAGGGCUUCAACUAUGGAGGUAACUAUGGGAUGAACCAGCAGGGGGACCCAUCAUUCAUGGCUCCAGGCAGCAGCCCACCAGGAAACAUGAUGCAAGGACGAAUGGGAGGUCCUACUCAGAACACCAUGAUGCCAGGGAUGCAGGGCAAUCCGCAGGGAGGGCCCAUGUACUCGUCUGGAGACAUGAAAAGCUGGCCACAGGGCGGCAUGCCACGCAACAACUCAUACCCCCAGCAACAGUUCCCCCAGCAGGGCAACCAGGGCCAGUUUGGACCCAUGAUGAUGAACAACUCCAUGGGUGGACCCGGGCCAGUCAGUGGGGCUGGUGCGGGACAGAUGGCUCAAAUACCAGGCCAGAGGCAGGGCCAGAUGCAGGGCCAGAUGCAGGGCCAGAUGCAGGGCCAGAUGCAGGGCCAGAUGCAGGGCCAGAUGGGCAUGAAACCCAUGGGAAUGGGCAGAAUGCCAAUGGGACCUGAUCAGAAGUAUUGCUGAAGACCUGUGACUAAGAAUCUGGAGCCUUUCAGCUGUGGCAGAGCGGUCUGAGCUCAGAAAAGAGCUGGACCUACACACACACACACAAACACACACAUAGUAGGACUUCUCCAGCAUAAAACGUGAUGCAGGAGACUCACUGCUCAUCCUGGAGGAAGUGGGUUACAAGGACAAACUUGCGCUGGGCUUCAUCCCCAACUGAAGCCCCACAUACUGUAACCCUAUUAAGGUGAUGCACAAACACAAAAUAUUAGUGUGUGUGUGUAUGUGUGUGUGCAUGUUUGUGUGUGUUCAUGUGAAUGACCUGGAGCUGUCGGGCAGUUUUCAGUGUCACAGCCAGGCUGCAGAAUGGGACUACGGUACAACUGGCUGUGGCUGCACUUUACCUGGAGGCUUCUGUGUGGAAUAAAGAUUGAUGCAAUAUUUCUUCAUCAUUACAGCCUUACUAGAGAUUCAAUGCCUUCACAACAAUGGGUUUCUUUUCUUCUUUUAUCCUUUGGAUGCGCCUCAUUCUUGAAGUCAUUGGAAGCUAUAAGCACACAGUUUACUAUGUUAUGCAGAUUGGAGCAAUAACUCUUGCCUCUAUGCUUUAGACUGUAACUGAGCAUCAUAACCCCUGUUAUAAGCAAACAAAUGGUACUGUAGUAUUAGAUGUCUCAAAUGUUCUCUGUGAAUAUGAAUUGUAAAUAUUCAACAAAAUAUAUCAAACAUGUUUUUAAAGGUCCAUUAUUGCACAAAGUAUGAGACCUGGUUGUAUUUUUGUGUCCCAUAGGUCAAUACUGAUUUGGUUGAUUUGCUUUUUUCAUGCCUUUGCAAAUAUUGCAGGCAUGUUUGGGUUUUCCUUCCCUUCUUGUUUGUCAAUUUCUGAAUGCUGUAUUUUAUUUUAUUUUUUAAUUUUCCAAAAAUUCAUGUAUGUCGUGUUUUAUCGAGGCACUUUUACUUCUGAUGAGUAUCUGAUGAGUUGAAGGUGUGAGCUUUCAAUCAGGUUUUAUUGGAAGGUGGAAUUCUGUCAGGACCGUUGAUUACAUAAAAUGAUAUGAUUUUGUUGGGUUCUGUGUGAGGAGAUCUGUAUGGGUAUUGUCUGCAGUACAGUGAAGACAGGAACACACACUCUUCAGUUUACCAACAAGUCUGCUCUUUGCAGUGCCCCCCCCCCAGCUCUGUCUGUCAAGUGUAUUUUUAUUCACAUCGUCUUCUUUUGACUGUUGUUCUCAACUUGCUGAAUCUACCUUUUCAACAUGCGCAAUCCAAAGAUAUUUUCCCACAUCUCUGUAUAGUUUCUGAGGUUUCUGGUGUACAUUUUUUAUGAUGUGUUAUUAGUCUGAUGGUAAAUGGGUACAUAUCAUGCAUCUGUAAAAGCAUAUGAUGGUUAUGUACUGUAAGCAUAAAGGGCAUGGGGCUAAGUUGUUCUACAGUGGGAAGCUAUCAGUGCAACCCCACAGCAGAAAGUUUUGACAUCCAGGAAAAAAAAAGAAACAAAGCAUGUUUUGCUGUGAAAGAGAAAUACCAAUGGAACGAAAUCAACUCUAAGACAUAUCAAUCAAUAUCUCUUCUAUUUUUCAGGAAACUGUUUCAUUUUAUGUCCAGAUUUUGUUACUUUGGAACUUUGUAGAGUUUGAAAGUGCAAAGAGGCAAGAGAUCAUUGGGUUUGUUUUUGUUUUUCUUUGUUUGGAGGUAAGAUAUGUCAUUUUACAGGAUGUAUAUUACAGAUUUUUUCUGUUGAUAUUGAUGUAAAUACAAAUUUCUAUUUAAACACUCA